AUGUCACAGCCCUCAGCUUCGGAGCCAGGCAGCAACCGUAAGGUGAUAGUCGACUGGCUCCUCGGCAUCAAGGGUCUUAACUUCAAUCACUUUACACCAAUGCAACCAUCAGUCUACACCGCCUGCGAGACGACCAUCCUGUGGAGGAGAUGGAUGGACCGCGGGAAUCAGACUGAAGUUCUCGAUACCAGGAUGAGGAUGGUGCUGGAAACAUGCCUUGAAGAAUUCUACCAGCAUGAGGAAGAAGCCGAGGGCUUCAUGAAUGGCCUAUUCCUGGAGGACAACCCGGUUGCGAACAGCCAGCAUGAGGAGAAAUAUUACCAACGUGUAGCCUUACGUCUCGGCGCUUUAUGGAACCGAGUUGUUGACUGGGAUCACCUCAGAGCACUGGUCAUGUAUGUGAUUUUUGCGAGAGUCCACUUCCUCCUGGCGAAUCGUCACCGCAGUAUGAGGAUGUUACUUCAAGAAGAGCGGGUGAUUGUCUACGACGCCCACGUCCUGCUCUGCCGCUUUCUGCUAUACAAGGACAGGUAUGGUCGGCCUGAACCAAAUAUUCUCAAUUGGAGUACUGCUCAAAUAUAUCAGCACAGAAACUUGGCUGCUGAAAAGAGGCGUCAACUUGUAGACUCUGAACGCAUCUCCGCGGAGUCUUGGGAUGAUGAAUGA